AAUUAAACACGGGUCUUCGAUAUCGGCAAUAUUUAUUUACGUUAAGGCUAAAACCAACUUACCGUUCUGUGUAAACGGUUUUUGAUUGUCAAAGAAAGUUAAAACCAAUCGAGAGUGAUUGAUCUGAACUCAGAAGAAACAUUGGAUAUCUUAACAACAAGGGAAGUAGAUACUACUGCAAACAACAUCUCCAACAAUAUUUCAACUUACAUUUGGAUGUACAUGAAUUGGAAUAGUUUUCACUUUCAGUACAAAGCGAACACUGAACAAUCAAGCGCCGAGGACAGCACAAGCACACGCGGCCGAGCGUGGACCGGGAAAGAAAGGAACUCAGUCUCUUAGGGAACAGUCUCGCUCUCCAGACGACAAAUUAGAAGAAUCGACCGAUCGAGACGCAGAAGAAUCGACCGAUCGAGACGCAGACAUGUCUAAUGAUCGCCAAAAAGAGGAGCAGCUGUACUACCAGCAGCAACAACAGCAAUCUCCUAGACAGCAGUAUGCGCCAAGGACGUAUCGGUCGGGUCGGCCCGAUAUGGGCUUCGAACCCUUAUCGGAUAUCCACGUGCCGUAUCCACAGGAGCCCAUUAGGCGUCGCCGCAACGAAUACGAACAGCCUCCGGAUAUUGGGUACGAUCCAUACGCUGCCGAACAGCAAAACUCUAAGCGACGUGACGCAUCAUCAAAAGGGGGCGAACCUCAUCCCGGUUGGAUCCUGCUUCUCCGCUUCCAUCGAGACGGUAUCGCGCAGGUGAAGCGGGCUCUCCUCAUGUGUCAGAAGCAUAUCGAACAGGACAUGGGCAGAAUCAUGGGCAUAGCUCUCUCUUAUGGUGUUCGCAUACGAGAGGGAGGCGACGCCUGGGUGACGUUCGGGCGCAUGCGUCAUUUCGGGGGCGGAAACUGGGACGUCCAGCAGUCCCCCACCCAGGACGAGACCAACUACUGCGUCCUUGCAAUAUACUAUCCGUCCUUGACCAGAGCAAUACAAUGGUUCGACAGAGACUCGAUGUUCAAACAGAAGGAUUUCCCAACGCCUUACACGACUGACUGCAUCGCUCUGCCUCUCAACUCCAGUGUGGACACAAAGUUUAGCAAGACGCUUGUGCUGACGGAGUAUCCACGCAUAAGCCAUCCCGAGUACUUCAGGGACAAGUUCUCCAUCCCGACGGAAGACAUGAUGCGGACCAGGUUCCGGUCCACGCCGUAUGUCGUCAAAGCGACCUCUAUCCCGAUUGACGACCCACGGCAACGCGUUGCUAGGCACCUAAGGGGUUGCUGGAUCAAACGCAACAGCAUCAUCACCGUCAGCAUGUUCGACUCUAUGAGCGAGGCACACCGAUACUUCACAGACCCUGAAUACUACAAAUGCAAGGAAUGUCAGGACCGUGUGUCCGCCCCGACCACCGUCAUCAUGGAUCUCGAGGAUUGGCGGAACCUGUAGUAAACACCACGUGACACGCGCGUUGCACGAUUUCAAAGGGACGUAACUCGUGUAUGCGCAGGGGCGAGCACUACAUAGCAGAUUAACUGUGAUAUAUUUUAUUAAAUUACAUAUUUUCUCUUUAUCAUUUGUGAUAUGUUGACACUUUUUCUUAGACUCGUGUGUGUAUGCGACUGAAUUGUUUAUUUCAGAAAGUAGAUUUGGGAACUCAUUAAUUUUAAAGGAUAGUUGAAUAAUUAUCAUUUAUUUAUAAUUUUAUAGUAUUAAACGCAAUUAUGUAUAAAGUACUAUUUUUCAUAUUUAAAUUGAAGAGAAAUAAUUUAAUAUGGACGACAAAAUGUAUACAUAAACAUCUGUACACAUUUUUUCCACACUGUCAAUACAUAUAAACAAAAAAUUGUUUUCUUCGGAUUAAUAUGAUGAUGCAUUGAUUUUUUAAAGCGACGUGUGUCUAAACGUAUGGUGGCUUUGGGGACUAGAUUGUAAUGCGUGUCAUGUCAAUUGACCUACGUCAUGCGAAAAUAGGUCUUAUUCCAUAUGCGACCAAUGUAACUCCAGACCAGCCAGCGCAUUCAUACAGUCUGAUCAGGAGCUACCCUGUCCUCUAUUGAGACCACUAAACCUUAUGUAUCUUCAUAUGGGUCUGAGUAACUACCGAUCAGAUUGGACAGUGCAUAAUCGCAGUCUAGUCUGGAGUUACGCUCGGCGCUUAUGGCAUAAGGUCCAUUUUCGCAUGACUGGGCUCAAUGUGCAAGUGCCGUGAUGCAUAUAUACUCGUCUUGCAAUUUGUAAAUGUCACUUUAUAUUUGUGUAAAUAGAUGUAGAAGAAUAAAGGGAUUACACAGAG